AUUUUUUUAUAUUGAAUAAAUUCAACACUAAAUGUCUCCCAUACAAAAACUCUUCACUUGCUUAAUAAUUAAUUAUUUGCUGAACGUGGAGAGAUUUUGGGCGGAGUAAACCCUCUCGUGUUGCCUCUUCCUCUCCGAUUUGGCUCAAAUAAGAAGAGGCGUGAACGUCGGGUGGCUUUGCUGUUGAACAGGUCAUGUCGGUAAAGAUGGAAAUGGAUGUCAGUGGCGUGUCCAGGACACCCAUCUCUGUUCUACCUGCUGCUGCAGAGGUCAAAGCCAUGCUGAAACCCGAUACGGGGGACAGGCCCCGCUGUGCCAGCACCCCCUGCUCCCCUAUCAAAAGUACUGUUUCAGGCUUCCAGAUCCUCCACAUGGACUCCAACUACCUAGUCGGCUUCACCACCGGCGAGGAGCUGCUAAAACUAGCCCACAAGUGGUCUCCCAACCCAGAGAAGACCCUUAUCACCACACCGACCACCACAACGUCAACAGCAUCAGAGGCCUUGCCCAGUUCUGUCCCCAAACCCAUGGACCUGGGCACCCACCGGGCGUCGCGCAUCUACAAAGCCAAAAACCGCUACUACCAGCCAUACGACAUCCCCGUGGUCAACGGGCGCCGGCGGAGGCGCAUGCCCAGCUCAGGUGACCCCUACCUCAGGCCCCUGUCCCAGGGGGAGGGUGGCCCAGGGAGGGCCCUGCACCACGGCCCCCUGCCCCUCUGCCUUCUCAAGGGGAAGAGGGCCCAGUCCAAGUCCCUGGACUACCUCAACCUGGACAAAAUGAGUGUCAAGCAGCCUCCGGCCGACACAGAGGUGCUGCAGUUCCAGCUCCAGCACCUGACGCUGCGGAGUGAGCGCAUGUUCACCAGGAACAAGACAUGAAGCAACACCAGUCACCACCCGCCUGUUCUCUCAUCCACUCCCAUGGGAUUUGGGUGCUAUUUCCGGCUGUGCGUUUCUCUCCCUACUCAGAUCAUAGGAUAGUCCUUUAAGGGGACACUUGUGGAGACCACUAAUCUUGUUAUUAUUAUGAAAGCGAGGGUGACAAACUAAGCGGGUCUCUUGACGAAAUGAGACGCAUGCUAACGUAUACGUAAAAAUCCAGUGAACACAAAUUGUUAAGUUAGUACACUGAAAACGGGGGUCUUUUAGAUACAAAAAUGUGAAGUUCGUCAGGAUUAGCAAUAACUGGUAAACUUAUUUAUUGACAAUGUUUGUGUGUGUGUGUGUGUGUGUGUGUGUGUGUGUGUGUGUGUGUGUGCGCGCGCACCUUUUUAAAAAUGGUAAGGGAUGUGUAACCAAUGCCUCUCAAACUGGCCCCAUUUUCCGGAUUUGGACUGCACUGUUAGACAUAUUAUGUUUUUACAGACCUUGCAUCCUCAACUACAGCACACCUUUACUUUUUAACCACUAUACAUCCAUAGCAAUUAGCAUAAGCCGCAGCAGUACUGCACUCUACAUCCAUAGCAAUUAGCAUUAGCCGCAGCAGUACUGCACUCUACAUCCAUAGCAAUUAGCAUUACCCCCAGCAGUACUGCACUAUACAUCCAUACCAAUUAGCAUUAGCCCCAGCAGUACUGCACUUUACAUCCAUACCAAUUAGCAUUAGCCGCAGCAGUACUGCACUCUACAUCCAUAGCAAUUAGCAUUAGCCGCAGCAGUACUGCACUCUACAUCCAUAGCAAUUAGCAUUACCCCCAGCAGUACUGCACUAUACAUCCAUAGCAAUUAGCAUUAGCCCCAGCAGUACUGCACUAUACAUCCAUAGCAAUUAGCAUUAGCCUGAGCAGUACUGCACUUUACAUCCAUACCAAUUAGCAUUAGCCCCAGCAGUACUGCACUUUACAUCCAUACCAAUUAGCAUUAGCCCCAGCAGUACUGCACUAUACGUCCAUAGCAAUUAGCAUUAGCCAAAACAGUACUGCGCUAUACAUCCGUAGCAAUUAGCAUUAGACCCAGCAGUACUGUAUGUAAGCUACUGUAUGUCUGUAUGUGUGUGGAUGUAUAGGGACGGCAGGUAGCCUAGUGGUUAGAGUGUUGGACCAGUAACCGAAAGGUUGCUAGAUCGAAU